AUGGCUUGGAUGUUUCUGCUGAUCCAACUGUCAUCGUUCGUGCAUGGCCUCGCCAUCUCUACUGCUACUGAUCAACGACCCAAAGCAGCUUUCGUCUCACUUGCUCACGAGCACGACUUGCCCGCUGUUCUGUCCUCCAUGUCGCAGCUCGAAGAGACAUUCAACCACCGAUACCACUACCACUGGGUCUUCUUCAGCACUCAACCGCUGAGCGAAGAAUUCAGACGCCAAACAUCCAACGCGACCGGUGCCAUCUGCAUUUACGAAGUCAUCUCUGAGCAUAACUUGGCUUCGUCAAAAUAUGCCAAGCCAUCGUCUGCUUUCGAUGUGAUGCCGAGAGAUGCAACCGAUGGCGAAGAUCUCUCCAAAGUUGGCCAGUCGACGUCAUUCCUGGGCCAAACAUCACGUUGGAAUUCGGGCCCAUUUGCCAGCGAGAAGCGACUCAGAGACUAUGAUUGGUUUUGGAGAAUAGAACCUGGCGCGCAGUUUACCCACGACAUCACGUUUGAUGUCUUUCGCUUUAUGAGAGACCACGAGAUUGCUUACGGCUUUAACGAGGCUUCACUGGACAAGGACGAGAUGCGAAGUCAUGCGCAGCCCGUGAGAUCUUUCAUCGACCAACACCCUGAUCUGUUGCACGCAGAUGCGGAUGUGUCCUGGUUCUUGGGCGGCCACGACGUCCACGACGCACCCAUUAGGCCGACGAAUCAAAAUGACAGUCUUGAGACUCGUGGUGACGCCGCCAUAACAUGGAUUGACUUGAUCAGCUCGAUGAUCCAGGGCAGGCUGGAAGGAAUCUCGCCAACGUUUGACAUUGGUUCUUUAUCGUUCUUUCGAAGCAAGAGCCACCAAGAUUUGUUCAACCAUUUGGAUGCCAUAGGCGACUUUUACCGCCGACCCCUGCGAGACAUGGCUGUGCCUACCAUGAGUGCCAGCAUGUUUGUUCCCCAAAAGAGCGUGUGGAAUUACCGCAGGAGAGACGCGCGACAGGGACACCGACCAAGCCUCCCCGAAUACACGCAAAGGCCGAAAGCGAGGGGUUAUGAACUCAACUUGGGAUUCAACCUCAGAGGAAAGAACCGGAUGCAAGAGAGGAACCCUGACGAGAACAUGGCCGAGCGCUUUGCGCUUUGGGACCUGAUGGCUCGCGAUCUCAGCAGACAGGAUGCUAUCCCCGGCUUGCAGUCCGGUCAUACUGUGAUUGACGAGAGGAAUUUUUCGAUGAGUUAA